AUGUUUGGAAAUAAACCAGCUACAUCUGGAACAGGGUUUUCUUUUGGUCAGACCAACCAAACUGCUGCAAAUGGAACAAACCAGACCUCACAACAACAACAGCAACAACCAGCUGUAACCAUUGGAUCAACAACACAAUCAGUAAUCAACCCUCCAAAUGGUCCAACUACCGGAACAACAACAAACUUUUCUCUUCCUGUAUCAGUAAACACUUCGAAUAGCUCUAAAUUAUUGAAGGAGUUAUUGGAAUCAGCCAACAAUUUACCGAAAACUAAUGACAACAUUCAAUUGGGAUCCAUUCACCUUACUUUGAAUGAAUUAGAAAGAAAAUCACAACAAUUAAGGAAACAAUCAGAAAAAGAUACCAAUUUCACCAAAGCCCAUUACUUAUUGGCAGGUAGUGGAAUCAGUGCUGAUGAUAUUGAAGAUGAAUUAAAUGCAAUUCAUAUACCUAAAACUGGUGGGAGAAUACCAAGCCAUCGUGCCAUUGUUGGUGCAGAAAAUAUUGAAAAUUAUUUAAGUGCCAAGAAGGAUGAAAAUAUUUUAAACACCAUUGAACAAUCAUUAUCAUUGGCAUCAAAAGAUUUUGACAACUACAUUGAUGCCAACAUAUCCAUUGAUUGGAAAGUUAGAAGAGAUGAAUUGAGAAAAGCAGUUGGUUUGAAAACAAACACUAAAUUCAAUGAAGAAACUUUGAAAAAUUCCAUUAUUUGGAAAUCAAAUUCUGCUGCUUCAAACAUUUUAACUCCAUUAAAUACUUCUUCUUCUUCAAUCAGACAAAUUUCAAGAGAAAAAUUUGAAAAUCAAGCCAAAAUUAUUUAUUCAUUGAAUGAAGCAAGAUUACAAAAUAAAAGUUUCCCCUUGUGUUUAAAUUUCAAUGAAGUUAAUAAACUUCAAAAUGAUAUUAAAGCUAAACAAAUUGCUGAAAUUUGGAAAAUUUUGAUUUCUUUAACUGGUGAAAAAACCGCUAAAACUUCUCAAGAACAAAAAUUUUUCAAUACUACCAAAGCAGAUCUUAACGCUAUAAUUGUCACCAACAGUAUAACUUAUUUGCAACAAGAAUUUUUCAAUUAUAUUGAUGAAUUAUAUCUUAAAGAUGGUGAUAAACCACAGAGUUUUGCCCCACCAACAAAUAUUAAUAAAGUAUCUUAUUUUGUUCAUCAAAUUGUGUUGAAAAAUGACCCUGAUUUGAUCAACAAAACUUUAUUGGUAAAUGGAACUCCUAUUUGGGUAUUGAUCUUUUAUCUUAUACGUGCUGGAUUAUAUUUGGAAGCUGACGAAUUGGUUCAACGUAAUCGUGAACAGUUCAACAAGUUUGACAAAAAUUUCCCUGUUUACGUAAAGAGUUAUGUGGAAAACACUAAUCACGUUUUACCUUCAGAUUUGAAUGAAAGAUUACACAAAGAAUUCAAUCAACAAUUCCAAUUCAUUAUUAAUGAUGUGGAUAACAAUGUGAACUACGAUCCUUAUAAAUAUUCCGUUUAUAAGACUAUUGGGAAAUGUGAUUUAAGUAACAAAUCAUUACCUCGUUCAGUGAAUUUAAGUAUUGAAGAUUGGACAUGGUUUCAUUUAUCUAUUAUUAAUGCUAAUCAACCGGGAUCUGAAUCUAAUUUAAUUUUUGAAAAUUACACUUUAUCAGAUUUACAAAAUAAAAUUAUUCAAUUAGGUCCUAAAAAUUUCAUGUCAUCUCCAAAUAAUCCAUUAUAUCUCAAGACUUUAAUCUUGACUGGACUUUACGAAAUGGCAGUACAAUACUCUUAUGAGUACGUAAAUGAAUCUGAUGCAGUUCAUUUGGCUAUAGGUUUAGCUUAUUAUGGAUUAUUGAAAUGUUCUAAUUUCAACAAGGACAAUAUUUUGACUGUCAAUAACAAUGAAUAUGAAAUCAAUUAUGGAAGAUUAGUUGGGGCAUAUACCACCACUUUUAAAAUAAGUGAUCCAAAAGUUGCUUGUGAAUAUCUCAUUAUGAUUGCCUUGGCCAAUGGAGGUGAAUCUAAAAGUGCUCUUCUUGUUUGUCAUGAAGCAUUACGUGAGUUGAUAUUGAUUUCUCGUGAAUUUGGUGUAUUACUUGGAGAAUUAAAUCAAACAAAUGGAACAAAAAUACCAGGGAUCUUAGAAAGACAACGGAAAUUGAUUAAAUUGGAAAGUUUAGAUCAAUUUUAUCAACAAAUUAUUGAAGUUGCUGCUAAUAAAUGUCAAGAAGAAGGUAGAAUCUUUGAUGCAUUGUUAUUAUAUCAAUUAUGUUGUGAUUAUGACACGGUUGUUUCUUUGAUUAACAAAUUAUUAGCAGAAAUACUUGCCACCACUGAUUUGAAUAAACCUAUUAUUAAAUCAGGUAAUUAUGAAGUUAUAUCUACGGGAUAUAUCACUAAAGAAGUUGAUGACACCAUUGACAAUAAUAUUAUUUUAUUGGCUCAACAUAUUAUGAAAGUUUUCAAUAAUAAUAGUCAUAUACUUGGAAAAUUAUCAUCUAAAGUGAAACAUACAUCAGAGUUAUUACUUCCAAUAAUUGGAAUUAGAGAUUUAUUUAUCAAAAAAGAUUGGCGUCAGGUUAUCAAUGACAUUAAUCAAUUAGGACUUAUUCCAGUUGGGGUUAAUGAUGAUCUUAUUAAAAUUAGAACAAUGAGUGAAUCAAUACAAAAUAAUGAUUUAGAUGAUAAUUUAAUUAAAAUUAUUCCAUCAUUAUUAAUUAUGGUAAUGACCAGUAUUUCUCAUAUAAAUUAUAAUAUUUUAACUAAAAAAUAUCAAUCUUAUGGUAAUGAAAAACAAGAAUUGAUUCAUUGGAAAAAAAUUGCUAAAAAUUGUAUGAUUUAUGCUGGAAUGGUUCAAUAUAAAAUGCCUAGAGAAACUUAUAGUCUAUUAAUUAAUUUGGAAUCACUGUUAUAA